AUGGCAGAGUCAGAGUCUGACAUGCCUAACAGCGAUGAUGAGAACAUUGUCCCGGAAACUCCGACACAAGAUCCUGCUGGCCCUCUCCGGCAAUCUGGACUCCAAGCAUCUUCGGAUGAAGACAUCACUGGCCAUCGACCCAAGACUAAGGUGCUAGAAAAUAAUGGAACAACUAGAACUAGGUCAAGCAUGGACGUACAAGAAGGGUCCCCUAAUACCAGAAGGCACAAACGGCAGAUCGGCACUGAAUCUGAACAAGAAUCAGACAGCUUGAUCCAACCAACAGCUACUCCUGCUAACGCUAACACCAUUAAAGCUCCUAGAUUGUCUGCCAAACGAACUCAAUACAAAUCAUUUCCAACCAAUGCAACUGAUAAAUCAUCUGGAAACAACAACACAGUGAUAAUCAAACAACUGUCUCCGGACACAAGAAAAAUCUCAUUGGACCCCAUCUCAGUGGCAAGAGAACUACAAAAAGUAAUCCAUGAUUCCUCAAUCCAUGAUGUCCGCAUUAACAAGAGGCGCAAUAUUGUUGCAGUGGAAUUCAAACCCUCUGAAAAACAGGAAGAAGAAAAACUCCUUUCAAUAACCAAACUUGGGAACUGGCAAGUAAAAUGUUACAGACCAACUUUGGAUCUUAUCAACUCGUGCUCGGGUGUCAUUGGACCAGUGGGUCUGGACGUCAACCUAGAAGAGCUCUUAGACCUACAGAAACAACCCUGCAAAAUAGUCAAGAUAACUAGACUGCCAAAAUUUUCUGGAUCACUGAAAGAAGAGUCCAUGGUCCUAAAAGUGGAUUUUGAAGGAAAGCAACUCCCAGAAAAAGUCCUCUUUGGCUUCAUUGCAUACAAAGUUAGAGUCUACAACCCACCCCCACUCAGAUGCUACAGAUGUCAAAAACCAAGACACCUCUCCAGUGGAUGCACAGCACCCGUGCGCUGCCUGCUCUGCGCAGGAAACCAUUCCAAAGAAGUAUGCACAUCAACAACAUAUAAAUGUGNAGCCACAUGA